UCAAACCUCGCCCCGUCCCUUCUCUCUCUAGAACGCCACCGAAGCCUCUCUCUCUCUCUCUUCUUUCUCUCUCUCUCUCUCUCUGGGUGAUCCUUCGAUCGAUCGGAUCCAUGGCGGAUCAAGGGAGGUGCGGCGGCACCGUGCUGUGGUUCAACGACGUCAAGGGGUUCGGCUUCAUCAAGCCCAGGGACGGCGGCGAGGACCUCUUCGUCCACCAGUCCUCCAUCAGGUCCGACGGAUUCCGCAGCCUCGCCGAGGGCGAGGAGGUCGAGUUCUCGGUCGUCACCGAGUCCGAGGGCAAGUCCUCCGCCGUCGACGUCACCGGCCCCGACGGGGCCCCCGUCAGGGGGAGCGCCAGGGACGGCGGCUACGGAGGCUACGGCGGCGGCGGCGGCGGCGGCGGCAGGGGCGGCCGCGGGUUCGGCGGCAGCUGGAAGGGCGGCGACAGGUUCGCCGGGGGUGGCGCCGGUGGCUCCGGAUGCUAUGUCUGCGGCGAGGUGGGGCACUUGGCGCGGGACUGUGACCGCGACCGCGGAAACCGGGGCAGCGGCGGCGGCGGCGGCGGCGGAGGGGGUUCCGGGGCGUGUUUUAACUGCGGCGGGAUUGGCCACAUGGCGAGGGAUUGUCGUCGGAGUACCAAUGUUGGGGGCGGAGGAAUAGGAGGCAGUUCCUGCUUCAAUUGUGGUGGUUUUGGGCAUAUGGCGAGGGAUUGUACUAGUAGAGGCGGCGGCGGCGGCGGCGGCGGCGGUGCCGGCGUCGGCGGUGCUUGCUAUAACUGCGGUGGACCUGGUCAUAUGGCGAGGGAUUGCACCGCUGGUGGUGGUAGCAGAUUUGGCGGCGGCGGCGGCAGCGGCGGUUACAACAGUGGUGGCAAGUGCUUCAAUUGUGGUGAGCAGGGGCAUUUUGCCAGGGAAUGUACUAUGAUCUCUUGAAGGAGGGAAAAGGGAAAGAAGAGUAAUAGUACAUAUUUCUCUUUUUUUUUCUUGGUUAUGCUUUGGUUCACCUUUUCAUGUUUUGUUGGUUUGAGAUGAUAUACAUAGGAUGUUUUGGAGAUUUGAGUUUGUUUCUAUCCCGUUUGGUUUCUUGCGUUGGUCAGUGAGGAUGACAAAUUGGUUAACUUCUAAUUGAGCUAUUUUGACGUCAGUGGAACUGAUGGGUGCUCUUAUUCA